ACGUUGCACACAACCAAACAUGUUGAUAGAAGAUCGGGUUGAGCUAGUCUCAGUUUCCUUUGUUUACUCAGUCUGCAUUUCAGAACAGCUGAUACGUCCAUUUCAGCACUGCCGCGAUACUGCCAGCCAGCGUGUUGUACUUUGACUUGUCCUGCGACCACUGACACCAAACAUACGAGCUCAAGCGGAAUGGUAGCACUCGCAAAAACAGACAUGUUGUUAUUUGUAGUGGUUUAAGACUAGCGAUUUUCGAACGUUCUGUCUGUAUUGCGUCGCGGUGCAUACACCUUGCUUUCAUUGCCUCACGCAACAUACCGGUAGGCCGAGUAGCAACGAUGUACCAGCAGAAAUAAGUGAUUUAAUCGUUUUUUGGUUCAAAGAACAUCCACAAGUCAACAUUUUAACCUGGCUGCAUGCUUUUUGUUAUUGUUGUAACAGUCCAUUCAAGCACCGAAUGGAAACUGUUUAUAUGUAGUCUAGUCGUGGUGUUCUCAUCUCAUUAAUUUGUCAUUAUUGUCAUGGUAGGCUAGUAAACAGUGCAUUGUUACACUGUUAUGGUUCAGAUUAAGGAAGGAGUCAAUUACAUUGUGUUCAUUUAAAGUUUUAUGAACUGAAAUUAGUCAUUUCAGAAUAUGGGAUUAGCCAAAUUCCCUAAUUAUGUUCAUUUAAUUCUGACGUUUCCUAUUAAGGAUGUUGCCUGAUGUUGCCUAUUUCACGUGACAUGUUUUUGUUUCACAAGUGGCUUGCCUUAAACACAAGCCACUAUUGAUUAUGAGGUGGCUGUAUGUCCCCCCCCCCCCCCCUUGGUGUUUCCUGUGCAGUUUAAUUUUAGCUCAGCUUUUCAAAAAUGUAUACAGAUCAGAGUGUAUUGGGAUUGCCUGAAAUAAGAGAAUGACAUAUAUAUUAGAAACUUUGUUGGUCCUGUAUGGCUCAGUUAGUAGAGCAUGGCACGUGCAAUGGAUUACGGGUUCAAUUCCCUGUUUACAGUACAGUCUCAUCCCGGUGUAAUAAGUUUAACAUGACAUAUUUUCCUUUAAUGGCUUGAAUAUGUGUCUAACAGCCAUUUCAUGGCUUUUUUGAAAUAGUGAAACAUUAGUUAUACUUUUUAUAUAAAACUACUCAAUAUAUUCACCAAAUAAUUUAUUAAAACACACUUUUGCAAAGGUCUACAGUAGCUUAAACAGCACUCUGUGGGUCAGCACCAUGGUGUAGCCUGAGGACAGUUAGUUUACAUCCUCCUAGUGGGUACAUUGACUUCAAUACAAAAUCUAGGAAGCUCAUGGUUCUCACCCCCUUCCAUAGACUUGGACAGCAAUAAUGAAAGGUUGGAGGACGUCCUUCAGGAGUUAUCAGAGCACUUGCAGCAUUAAUAUAUGUUGUCUACUCAGUCAAACGAUCAGAGUUUAAAUGUAGUUCUAAAAGCAUAAGCUACAGCUAGCUAGCAUUGCAGUGCAUAAAAUGUGACUCAAAGAGAAUGAAAGACAAUAGUUUUACAGUUUUGAACAAAUUAAUUUCUUUAAAAAAGAAUGACAUGGAGAGAGCUAUAUUUUGUUGUAUUUAUUUUUCACUUUCUCUUAGCAAGCGAAUGCAGCUAGAUAGUUUAGCCUACUCAAACAGAGAGGGAUGCUAUGUUAGUUAGCUGGGUAUGGCUAUACAACAUUGGAACUCUUCCAAGUCAAGUUUCAUCUGUUGAAAUGAGUGUGCGCGCGGGGCAGGGUAGCGACGAGGUUCUGGUGUCCCAAGCGGUGUGGGACUACUUGGCCGCCGCCGGCCGGCCCUGGCUCAUAGACUUCCAGGACAAGCAGGGCCUCAGCGCAGGCAUUAUCCGCAGAGGGGAGCGGGGAGGCUGCUGCGCAGUGCGGCUACGCCCCGUAGAGGGCUCCCGUUCUGGGGGAGGACCAGGGAUGAUGGAGGGGGGACCCAUCUCCAAUGAGACACGCAAGUCCUUCAUAGACUUAUGCCGCUGUGCCCGGAAAGAGAUGAGCAAACAGGAGGGGGGUCCUAAGUGGAAGAGGUCCGUGCUGCCCUGUGUUGGGGUGAGGGUCCUGGAGGGGGAUGGAGAGGGGAGCCUGCUAACACCUCAGCCUCCCCAGCCCAGACGCUCUCAGAGGCAGCAACAGAGGUGUAGGAAGCCUGCGGAGGAUGAGGCCUGUGUGGUCCUCUCCAACUCCAUGAAUUCCAUGAACUGCAUGUCCCACGAUGCAUCAGGACAGAGGAAGCAGGACAACAUGGAAGUCAACUGCAGUAUGAUGGCAUCUUCUCAUAGCCACUCCCAGAGUGAAGCAGACGACCACACCUCAUGUUCCAUCUGCAUGGGAGACAUGGUGGAGAGGACCACGCUGGAGAGGUGUGGCCACACAUUCUGCCGGUCAUGUCUGGACCAGGCCUUCAAGGUGAAGAGAGCAUGUCCGGUGUGUCGUCUGGUGUACGGCCAGCUCAUAGGGAAUCAGCCGGCUUCCGGGACUAUGAUGGUGGAGAGGGACCCAGAUCUGGAGUUGCCGGGACACGAGGGCUACGGGUGUAUCUGCAUCAUCUAUAGCUUCACACCUGGUCUACAGGCGCCGGAGCACCCUAACCCUGGUGUAAGCUACCCGGGUACGGACCGCGUGGCUUACCUCCCAGACAGCCCAGAGGGGAACCGGGUCCUGGGCCUGCUCCGCCGGGCCUUUGAGCAGCGCCUCAUCUUCACUAUAGGGACCUCCAUGACUACGGGAAUGCAUAACGUCAUUACCUGGAAUGACAUCCACCACAAAACCUCCAUAUGGGGCGGACCACGCUGCUUUGGCUACCCAGACCCCACUUACCUGGUGAGAGUGACUGAGGAACUCAGAGAGAAAGGCAUCACUGCGGACUGACCGUCCAGAUUUCAGAAUGUUCCAUUCUAGGAACACUAGGAAUUCUAGGAACCUCUAGUUGUCCUGCUGCUGGUGGUUGCUAGGCUGCAGGCUCCUGGACCUAGACCCGGCAGGGCUGUGGAUGAAUUCGACAGGGGACAGGGCUUUUAGCUCCACAGCAGAAACAGGACUACAAGACUCUCGUAUCACUCCAAGACCUCUUUUAUGUGGAAAAUCCUAACUUCCACUUAAAUUGAAUUUUCAUUUAAUCAUGCAUUGAUGUCAAUGGGAAACCAUUCAACUUAAGACAAAUUUUCACUUCCACUUAAGUGGAAUUUAGGUUUCACCCUUGUGUUCCUGUGUUAGGUAUCUAUCUUCUGCUCAAUCCAGCAGCACUUUGUGUGGAAGAAAACAUAAAAGUGAGAGCAAUGUGAUUUUCUGUGUGACACAAUCCUCUCUACCUUUCACCUGGUGUUGACAAUAGCAGGACAUUUUUUUGCUGAACUCAUCCGAGCAGUAAUAAUAUAGGGAUUUAAUAAGUUGAUAAGUAAUAAGUACUUAAAUAUUGUUUUGAAAUCUAAGUAAAAGAGAAGUCUAUUUUGCCUGAUAUCUUUAUUUCCAUGCUGGGGGACACGUUCUUUAUUUACCAGUUGCAAGCGCACAGUAUUGGUGGUCUUUCCAGUACGUUCGUAGAAUAAUUAUCUUUUUCUUUAAUUCUUUUCCGUGAUAACCUGUUACUUACAGUUUGUAUAAAGACCAUAUCUGAGAUAGGUGGCUGGCAGAAUAGCACUGUCUGCUUCAAUAGAAAGCUUUGAACUAAAUAAUUUAAUUUCUCUAAAAGACGUUGCAAUCUAAAGCACUCACAGGCACUUUGACCAAGGGAGUCGGUCAGUCGUUCAGUGGAGGGCUGGUUGUUCUCUGCAUAUCAUUAGAAUGAUCAUGGUUCUCUGCUACCUUUUCAGGGAAGACUAGUCUAUGGAAUAGUGCUCUGAGCAAAUCGGGCAGGUGUUAGUCGUUAACAGCCCUGAAGCUAAUAGCCUGGUAAGCUAGAAGUUGAUGUCAAUUUGCUUUGAGCCCUUCAUUUCCCUUUUGAUCUUCCUCUCCUUUGAUUUCUUCACUUAGGAAGGUUUUCUAUUUGUGCUGGUCUAGGAUCGGUGUGGCCUUUUUUAAAUCAUAAUGAAUAAAUGAGUGACCCUGAUCCUAGAUCAGCCCUCGUACUCUUGAGACUCUUUUUAUGAAUACGGAACCAGGUUUUGAACUGCCUUGAGUUCAGUUCAGUUUGAUGUCCAGUCAGUCAUUGGUUCUCGUUUCCUGAUGACCAGAUUUACACGAUGUCAAAUGAGAAGGGCAAGAUGUCGAACCACUUAAACCAAAUCAAAGACAAAAGGGCUCUGAAAUAAUUAACUAUGUGUCUGAAAUGGCACUCUAUUCCCAAUAUAGUGCACGAGUGCUGAUAGGGGCCCAUAGGGCUCUGGUCAAAAGUGGUGCACUAUAUAGGACCCAUAGGACUGGUUAAAAGUAGUGUACUGUGUCGGGAAUAGGGUGCCAUUUUGGACGCCAGCCCUGUCUGACCAGAUGUUUGAUUGUCUCUAAAUAAAGAGGUAUCUAUCUGCUGUAAUUAAAGUUUGUCUUAAGAGAUAAUCUAGGAUUAACAAUAAGUACCUGUAAUAUGAAAAUGUUAAGGAGAAUACUGCAGUCCCUUAUAGGUGUAUUGUCAGUGAUUUAUUUAAUUACCUUGUUUUGAUACAUUUCUCAUUGUUAGCGUGCCUUCUAUUCAAGUUUUGAAGAAAAUGUAGCAUGUUGAUACUAACGAAUGAUAAGCAAUUCUUUAGUAGACUGUAUCAUUGUUAUUUGGAGGGUCAGCCGCAGCAGGAAUUAUGUUUGUGCUUUGUCUGCCUUUCUACAGUUUGAGAAUAUAGAAACGGAUGUGUAUUUGACGUAACCUUUGUUAUAAACAGUCGACGUGGUCCAAAAAUGUAGUCUCACUCAUAUGAUCAAGCUGUGUGUGAGUGAUUUAUAAAUAAAACACCUUUUGAUGAGAAGAAUAUGCAUAUAGUCCAGUCGGUGUUAACCUCUUAUUUGUCUGCAUUCGGAUGUGAAAGAAUUUACUUGGCCCAUACAUUAAAUAUCCCUUUCUACGACCCAAAUAGCACCCUAUUUAUGAUAGCAAAAGUAGUGCACUACAUAAGGGUGCCAUUUGUGACUUGGCCUUUUCCCCCAUCUCUUUGUAUUUUUAUUGUUUAGGGACCAACUUGAAUAUCUUUGAGAGACCGGAAUAGUAGUUCAAAUCAAGCUACCACGCAAAUAUUUCUAUGCAGUAAACUAUGUAAGUGAGCUGGGGGUUGGGGUACAGGCAGGGGAAUGAAUACUGAAAAGGAUUGUGUUGCCAAUUGAUUGUGAAAAGUUAAAUAUUUGCUUUUCUAAUUGUGUUCAUUUGUGUUUGUCUGAUGUUAAACAAUUAUGUGGUUUACAUUUUUAAUACUUGAAUAAAAAAGGUUCUGUUUA